AAGUUACCAAGCAUAGACGGUAAACACGGCAAGCUACAGUCAGUGAGGAGUACUUGUUCGGAACCGGAGCUACGCCUCCCAGCCGCAUCAGGAUUUAAGAUAUACUUUUAUCUGCCUGCUUAUAUUAAUAUAUUGAUAUUGAAUAUCUUAUUGAUUGAUUAGCAACACUAAUGGCCAAAGUUAGCGAUAAGGUUAAGCAAAAGUCGAAUCACGAUAGUGCUAAGCGCCCUUCUAUAAAUCGAAAAAGACGCAAUGAUUCAAGCCCCGAAGCUGCUCUUGACCGUGGAGGGGGUAAAGUCAUCCCUCUGGAAAACGGGGAGCAAAAGUCCAACGCAAAGCGAAGAAGACGCAAUGAUUCAAGCCCCGAAGCUGCUCUUGCCAGUGGAGGAGGUAAAGUCAUCCCUCUGGAAAACGGGAAGCAAAAGUCCAACGCAAAGCGAAAAAGACGCAAUGAUUCAAGCCCCGAAGCUGCUCUUGCCCAUGGAGAGGGUAAAGUCAUCCCUCUGGAAAACGGGGAGCAAAAGUCCAACGCAAAGCGAAGAAGACGCAAUGAUUCAUGCCCCGAAGCUGCUCUUGCCCGUGGAGGGGGUAAAGUCAUCCCUCUGGAAAACGGGAAGCAAAAGUCCAACGCAAAGCGAAGAAGACGCAAUGAUUCAAGCCUCAAAGCUGCUCUUGCCCGUGGAGGGGGUAAAGUCAUCCCUCUGGAAAACGGGAAGCAAAAGUCCAACGCAAAGCGAAGAAGACGCAAUGAUUCAAGCCUCAAAGCUGCUCUUGCCCGUGGAGGGUGUAAAGUCAUCCCUCUGGAAAACGGGAAGCAAAAGUCCAACGCAAAGCGAAGAAGACGCAAUGAUUCAAGCCUCAAAGCUGCUCUUGCCCGUGGAGGGUGUAAAGUCAUCCCUCUGGAAAACGGGAAGCAAAAGUCCAACGCAAAGCAAAGAUCGAAGAUCGCUGCUCUUAUUCUUGCUCGUGGAGGGAGUAAAGGCAUCCCUCUGAAGAACAUCAAGAUGCUGGCAGGAGUUCCUUUGAUCGGAUGGGUGAUCCGAGCAGCACUGGACUCUGGGGUGUUUGACAGUGUUUGGGUAUCCACUGAUCAUGAUGAGAUCGAGAAAGUGGCUGAGAGUUGUAGGGCUCAGGUGCACAAGAGGAGUCCAGAGGUGUCCAAAGACUCCUCAAGCUCACUGGAAGCCAUUCAGGAGUUCAGCAGACACCACCCAGAGGUUACCGUCAUCUGUAACAUCCAGGCCACUUCUCCAUGUCUGCACCCCCAACAUCUCAAAGAGGCUGUGGAGUGCAUCACUAAAGAAAAGUAUGAUUCCGUCUUCUCUGUGGUCCGGCGACACCAUUUCCGAUGGCAAGAGGUCAAGAAAGGUUGCCAAUGUACAAAGCCGUUGAACCUGAACCCAUCUUGCAGACCACGGCGUCAGGACUGGGACGGAGAACUGUGUGAAAAUGGCUCUUUCUACUUCGCUACCAAAGAACUUAUAGAAAAGGGGCUACUUCAGGGUGGAAAAAUGAAGUACUUUGAGAUGAAGCCCGAGCACAGUGUGGAUAUCGAUGUUGACAUAGACUGGCCCGUUGCUGAACAGAGAGUGCUGAGGUUUGGUUACUUCGGGAAGGACAAACCUGAAGAUGUGAGGCUUCUGCUGUGUAACUUGUCAGGAUGUCUGACAGACGGUCAGAUGUACAUCUCAGCUAAAGGAGAGGAGAUGUUGUCCAUCAACACCAGAGACCAGGCUGGCAUCGACAUGCUGAAGAAAGGGGGAGUGGAGGUUAUUUUGAUAGAAAAAAACCCCAUUGCAAAAGCCUUAGCUAACCAACUCUCAAAGAGAAUGAGCUGUAAGAUGCUGCAGAAUGUGCGUGACAAACUGAAGAAGGUGCAGAUGCUCAUGAAGAAAAGGCGGCUGGAGUGGAAAGAGGUGGCAUAUUUAGGAAACGAUGAGCCUGAUGUAGAGUGCCUGGAACUGGCAGGGUUGAGCGCAGCACCCAAGGAUGCCCCAACAGUUGCGAACCAUGCCAAAUACAUCUGCCACAAAGAGGCGGGUCACGGAGCCGUGCGAGAGUUUGCCGAACACAUCCUACUGCUGAAAAAGAAGGCCAAGUCUCAGAUGGAGCAGGAUAGAAUUUGCAGAAACACUAAGACACACUCAAAAAAAUGAAUUUUUAGUUUUGUUCACUUUACCUGAACAAUUCAUGUUGAAUUAAUGCCAUUUUGGCUAUUUUUCAUUUCAACAUGAUUGUGUCAUGUUAAACUGACUUAAAACUGUCUCUCGUUGGUUUAACAUAAUGUUUUCAUUUUGAAAGAACAUGUUUCAAUCAAGUCCCUCAAAAUAAGUUUUACACUUCCCAUCAUGCUUUGCACAGGACUGGAUAUGGGGAGAGAAAAUGUUGAAAUAAAGUGUUAUUUUAUGCAGUUUUUAAUAAAAUGUGAUAAGGAGACUUUUUCAUGUAUAAUGCUCUAUUAUGUGGGCAUUUUAAAAGACUUUAUAUUGGUGUAUUUUGUGCGAGUUACCAUUGUGGUGAAGUGUGGAGCUUGUGGUUGGGUUGAGGACCUGGUUGAAAGAACGUCUAAAAUACUUAAUAAAAAAAAAUCAACUUUAAUGAGAGUGCUAGUGUAUGAUGUACACAUAGUAACAUCCUUAAACUGCAAACAAUUAACAUCAUGUGUAAAGAAAAGUUAUAUCUUACUUGCUAAUGUUUUUAUAACACUUUGGCUAAACUUGCAUGGACAGUGGUUCUACAUGAUGUAAACAUAUUAUCUCUACUCAGAUAUUUCAUGUAGGAUGAACUAAAGCAAACUGAGUAAACUCAACUAAAGGUAGACAAGUCCUUAUAACUUGAUUUAUUCAUGUCCAAAUAACAUGGUACAAACAUGUGGAACCACUGUCCAUGAUAGAAUCAUGUUCAGCCAAAGAGUCAUUUUUUUGAGUGCAUCAACUAUCAACUUCAAAUAAACAGCCAUGGGAACAGUU